AUGGCGCACGCGCCCUUGUUAAGAACAAACACCGCGCCGCUCUUCUCCUCCUCCACACCCGCUGUGGCCGGCGGCGCAAACGGCAGCGGUCCCAUCCGGAACACCAUGAGCGGCGUCUCCGGCGGCGCGCCGCGCUCGUCCCAAAUGUCGGGCAGCACCGCAUUUAUGAGCACCACCUCCCUCACGUCCCUCUCCAGCCAGACCACCCUGGCCAGCCCACCCGUCACGGGCCAAGUCGUGGCCACCAGCAACAUCAUCAACCAAAAGGCCGACGCCUCUCGCUCGCUCUACCAGAUCUGUGUCGCCCUCAAGCAGCGGCUUGCCCAGGUGCCCGGCUUCGAGGGCUAUCUCGAAGAGCUCGCGCACCUCGAGCGCGAUGUCACGAGCGGCGAUCCCGUUGAGGGUCUGUGGCAAAUGUUCCGGUCUGGGCUGCCCUUGCUGGCCAUCUACAAUGCCCUGCAGCCGGCCGAGCCGCUGAUGCUGGCCGAGAACGACAUGGAGGCCAGCGAGAUGAAGCGGGCCAAGAUUGCCGCCUUCAAAUUCAUCCGCGCCUGUCUCAGUGACCUCAACAUACCGGCGCCGGAAUGUUUUGUCAUUGCCGACCUCGUCGGCACCGACACGACAGGCUUCGUCAAGGUCACAACCGUGGUCAACCACGUCCUUGAUCUCGCCCAAGAACGCGGCCUGCUGCUCCAGGCCCAGGACUCGGUCGACGAAACCGUCGACGGACCAGCCUCGCAGCUCAGCUACCGCGAUUACAUUGUCCGCGAACUUGUCGACACCGAGCGCAAGUACGUCCAAGACCUCGAGAACCUGUACGACCUGAAGAAAACGCUCGAACAGCGCGGCAUCAUCAACGGCGACGUUGUUCAUCAGAUUUUCUUGAACAUCAAUGCCAUUCUCGAUGUGCAGCGGCGCUUCCUGAUCCGCAUCGAGUCGACCAACUCCAUACCACAAAAAGACCAGCAGUGGGGCAACCCGUUCGUUGCAUUCGAAGAGUCCUUUGACAUCUACCAGCCCUUCAUUGCCAACCAGCGCAAGGCCGCCCAGCUGACCCAAAUUUAUUUUGACAAGAUCCGCUCCGCCAACCACCCCGUCGCCGUCGAUUUCAACACCCUCGAUGGCUUCUUGCUGAAGCCCAUGCAACGCCUCGUCAAGUACCCGCUCCUCCUCAAGGAUCUGCGCAAGAAGAGCGAGUUUGAGGAUGAGCGCCUGGACCUCGACGCCGGUAUUGCUGCCGCUGAGCGCGCGCUGCAAAAGGCCAACGAGGCCGUCAACCGUGACUUGCUCGAAGAGGCCCUCGAAGACCUCAAGAGCCGCGUCGACGACUGGAAGAACCACCGCGUCGACCAGUUCGGCAAACUGCUUCAGCAUGGCGUCUACACCGUCGUCACCGGCAAGAGCGACCAGGAAAAGGACUACGAAAUUUACCUCUUUGAGUGCAUUCUCCUCUGCUGCAAGGAGAUCACACCCAACAAGAGCAAGGACAAGAAGGACAAGACCAAGUCCACGGGACCCAAGAUCCGGAACAAGAAUGCCAAGCUGCAGCUUAAGGGGCGCAUCUUUAUGACCAACGUCACGGAAGUCCUCUUCUUCUCCCGGCCGGGGUCCUACACCGUCCAAAUCUGGUGGAAGGGCGACCCGGGCGUCGAGAACUUUGUCAUCAAGUUCCAAAACGAAGAGUCUAUGAAGAAAUGGGCGGCCGGCCUCGACAUGCAGCGCAAGCUCAACGCGCCGCGGCCCGACCAGAGCCCCGAACAGCCGGCACCGAGCUUUGCAUGGAUGCAGACCUCCGCCGGCGGUGUGGCCGCCAUCGAGAACCCCUACGCCGAAGACCCCGACGAAGAUGACGACUACCUCGUCAUGAACCAACAAGCACAGCAGCAGCAGUUGCUGCUGCAGCAGCAGCAGCAACAACAGUUCAAUGGCCAACCACUCCGUACACGGUCGAUCACAGCCGAAAGCGGCCAGUCUCUCGCCGGCAUGAUGCGCCAACCACCACCAAGCUUCCCCUUGCCCAUGCUCCCUGGCCAGCUCAGCGUGCAGACACAGCAGCUGCCCGCACAGCAGGCGUCGUCGCCCAGCUUGCGCGGCGGCGAGUCCUACUUCUCGCCCGUAGCCGAAUCGCCCGUCUCGUCGCGCACGAGCACAACGUCGGGCUUCUUCCCGCCCGGCGCUGGCUAUGCGUUCCCCAAGGUCGGCACACCGCAGCCCGGCGGCUGGGACGGCGAGACAAACCGCUACACAGCACCAGCCAUGCCUCGCGCACCAUCACGCGACGGACCCUCGCCCUCCAACGCGUACGGCAUGGUCAACGGCGGACCUGGCGGCGGUGGCGGCCGCAAUCCGCGCGGCCCCUCCAUGCCAGUCAUGUCGCAGAACCCGCAGACCCUUUCGCAGCAGCAACGCAGCCGCAGCUACAGCACCCCCGACAUCCAGAACCAGCCGGCGCGGAGGACACCCGGAGGCAGCCAGGGCAACAUUCCCGCGGUGCCUGGCAUCCCGCCCCACCUGCAUCCGACGCAUGAGCGGCACGACUCGACCAUCCCGCGGUCCAACACGGGCAGCCCACGCAACGACCUGCCGAUCCGCACCAGCACGCAGAGCCCUGGUGUGCAGGCCAGCCGCCUGCAACAGCAGCAGCAGCAGCAGCUGACCGCCUCGUACGGCGCCACCAUGGCGCAGUUCCCCGCGCAGCCCGUCUACCCACGCCAGACAACGCCCGGACCGACUAGUGCGCCACCGCAGCACCAGCACCAGCACCAGCACCAGCACCAGCCGUCGCUGCCAAACGACAUGGGCGCGGUAUCGCCGCCGCUCGGCACCGGCACGCCCGGCAUGGGCACGUCAGGCAUGGUGGGCAGCUCGGACCUGCCGAUCCCGACGCAGCUGAAAGUCAAGGUCAACUACGACACGUCCAACUACAUGACGCUGGUGGUGGCGUUCAACAUCACGUACCAGUCGCUGGUGGACCGGAUCGAUGCGAAGCUGGCGCGGUUUACCAACAGCAGCAUCGGCAAGGGCAACCUGAAGCUGCGGUACCAGGACGAGGACGGCGACUUUGUGAGCAUCGAGAGCGACGACGACAUACAGAUUGCGUUUAUGGAGUGGCGCGACGGCGUACGCAACAUGUACAAUGCGGGUGUCGGAGAGAUUGAGCUGUUCUGCGUCGGCGACGGCUUGUAG